AUGAACGAAGAUAAACAGUCUUUUAUCAGCCUAAAAGCCAAAGUGCGGCGAAACCGCUACGUACUUCCCAAACUGUUUGGAAUUCUGCAGCGACGUUUCGAAGAAUGUCCGACAGACUCGAUUUUGUUUGACACAGAAACCCAGGACCUUUAUGAAACGUUCUUCAGAGGUCUGCGGGACCUUCUUCAGUCCUCCAAGAACGAGAUCCUAAGGCCGAAUGGCAACGGCGACUUAUUUCAAGCCCGAUAUGACUCUGAGUGUCUCGACGAGUCCACCAUUUGGGUCGUCAUCGAACAGCUCUACGAGUUCAUUUACUCUCUCCUCCGUGCCGACGAUAUUUAUUCUCGCGAAAUAGCGUCUGGGCCAUACAUCUCUAUCACCUCGCAUCUGUACCUUAAAGCGGUUCAAAGUUACCGCCCACUACUUCACCUUGAAUUUCUCCUUGAGAAACCGCUCCUGCGCUUCCUUCAAGUUGUCGCAAAUACGCCAUCAGCGAGAUAUGAACCAUUUGCCGACACAGCUCACAGUCUCAUGAUGUCAUGUUUCCAGCGCAUCGUCGCACGCGUCCAGGAUCCCACCAUAUCGUUUGACGCACGUCUCCGUGCUCACGCCUUUGUCUACACUGUUUCCUUGUCAUCAGACGGAUACAACCGAAUAUUUCUUGCCAAUAGAGCACUCUACUGGUUUUCCCUCAGCAUCGCACAUUUUCUCCCCUUCAUAACCGCCAACCCGACCCAAUAUGGGCCAAUGCUGGUACCGAACAUGAACUACCUCGCCAGAUGCCUGAGGCAAUCUGGGCCUGAAUAUAUGGCUGAGGCGCUUGAUGCGGGCAUCCUAAACACACUUCUCAACCUCCAUCUGCUGAUGCCUCGCACGUCUGAUGCGCCAAUAGAUAUCAUAAACUGGCUUCAUAUGGGACUGGUCUUUCGGGGUGUGUUACGGAGAGCUCGUAGAGCCCUGGAUAAUAUCGAGCAGGAUGGAACAGAGUCUAUUUUGAGAUCGGGAAAGACUAAAGAAGCAUGGAUGGCUAUGAAAACGACCGCAAAACACAUGCAGGCCUUUAAGAGCUACUACCACACUCAGGUUCUAGAUAAUGAUCAGGAAUUGGAAUGCAAUAACGUUCAGUGUCCCAACCCCAAUGUAGGACGACAUCCCAAACGGUGCACCGGCUGCUGGAUUAGACUGUUCUGCUCUCGCGCCUGCCAAAAGGCUGGUUGGAAAGCACACCGGCACGAAUGUCACGAUCUGGCACAGCGGCGGAGAGAUGGCAUUUCCGGGCCAAUGGGCGAGCACGACUCCUUCUACGUUCGACAAUGUGCUCUCGAGGAGCUUAAAGCCAAUGCACGCCAUGUCCGCGAUCUCAAACGAGAGUACUUACAAAAGCAUUCAAACCAUCCCCUGAGGCGUCUUGUAGUCGUUUGCGACUACGCGUUGCUGCCAAGAACCAUUACUAUAAUCUCAAACGAAGACCUCGAAGAAGAGGCGACAAGCCCUGAACCUCUGGCUGAUGCAGAUGAGGGAAGAGCACAGAUAUUACGCAUCAUCACUCCUUGGAAAGGUGGACCUGCGGGCAUGCUGCUCAAUGUUAUGUAUACUCCCGAGUACCGCUCGGAUGAACAUCUUGUAAUGAGUGGUCUAUAA